CUGCUGUGAUGUGUGAGUGCCUGUCAGUAACUAAAAAGUUUUCUCAAGAAAUAUUGGAUGUCAUUUGAAAGGCAUUCUUUGGAGUGGCUUCCAGGGGUCAGGAAGAGGAGGGAGGAGACAUAAGAGCCAUGGAUUACUACAGAAAAUAUGCAGCUGUCAUUCUGGCCACAUUGUCUGUGUUUCUGCAAAUUCUCUAUUCCUUUCCUGAUGGAGAGUUUACAAUGCAGGGCUGCCCAGAAUGCAAGCUAAAGGAAAACAAAUACUUCUCCAAGUUGGGUGCCCCAAUCUAUCAAUGCAUGGGCUGCUGCUUCUCCAGAGCAUACCCCACUCCAGCGAGGUCCAAGAAGACAAUGUUGGUCCCAAAGAACAUCACCUCAGAAGCCACAUGCUGUGUGGCCAAAGCAUUUACCAAGGCUACAGUAAUGGGAAAUGCCAGAGUGGAGAAUCACACUGAGUGCCACUGCAGUACUUGUUAUUAUCACAAAUCUUAAAGAGUUUGCAAAGGGCCGUGUUGAUGACUGCUGAUUUCCUGG